GUGGUUUUGUUCUCCAGCACCACCCUCGGGUGAACAGCGCGCGCUCAACUCACUGUCAACACCUCAGGUCACAGCGCCACGAUGAAGCAGCCUCCAUACACUCACUAACGCAGGCUUUGCCUACCGCAGCACGACCACAACCUGCUUCGACUGCAUCCUGCUAAGAAUUAGACAUUUGACAGGGACAGUCGGAAAUUACAUUCACUACCAUGGAUGCGGUGUCCAUUUCUAGAGAGCGCGAUGAUGCUGAAAUCACAGAUUCAUCCACGACAGAGGGACCUUCUCAGGAAGCACCUCAGAGUGAGGUCCCUGAGGUUUCGCUGUGUCCUCCAGACAGUGACAGCACAGGAUUUCAGAUGCGUUUGGUCAAGAUAGAGGAGAACCAAGCCGACGGCAGCAGUCCACUCAAGUCUCACUCCUCUACUCAGCUCCAUAAUCAGUUGUCGCAGGGAUCUGGCUAUCAUUCACCACAACCCAAACGAUGCCCCUGCUGUGACCACCAGCAGUCGAAUCAAAGCAAUGUCUGUCCAGGUCAAAUGAAUGCUUACCAUCAGGCAGACUGUUCAGCCAGUCCUGUGAAGACGGUCCAUAGUUGCAGUCCAUCACGCCUUCCUUCGUGUCACAAUAAAACACAGUGCCAUUGGCUUCAUGAAUCUCAUGAUGGCAGUAACCACAAGCCUGCACAGCGUCACAUGGUGACAGUGAGUAGGAAUGCUGGUUUGCAUAGGAUACCAAGGAGCUAUUCCCAGGUUAUAGUUGAGUACCCGAUGACCGUACUCAUCUCAUGUACAGUAGUUCUGUUUGCAUGUUCACUUGCUGGGAUUUUGACUGGUCCUCUGCCAGACUUCUCUGACCCUUUGCUGGGAUUUGAACCUCGUGGAACAGACAUAAGUAUCCGGCUAGCAACGUGGAUGAGGUUACAGCAAAACACUGGACCUGGAAAAUCACUGUCCCCAUUUCCAUGGCAACUCACAGAAAGAAUAGCAGGAGAAGACACAGUUAAAUCUGAACCUCAAUCAAGAGAACGAUCAAGAAGAAUGUUGCGCAGAGAUAACACCGUGCACAACUUUUUUUGUAAUGCCCCAGGAGAGCGCUAUGCUCAGCUGGUCUUCCGCUCUGGAAACUCUGCCAGUCUCUGGAGUCUAAAGGCAAUUCACUCCAUGUGCCAGAUGGAACAGACACAGAUCCGUUCUGGGACACAAUUUGAUAAACUUUGCCAGGUCAGAUCAGAGUUACAUGGCUCCAUGGUGAAGAACGAGUGCUGUCCAAGUUGGUCUCUGGGAAACUACUUGGCUGUUCUUAACAACGUUUCUUCCUGCUUUAGUCUGACUGCACAGCAGGUAUCUGAAAGCCUUAGCCUGCUCAGAUUCUGUGCCCCUUACUAUCAUGAUGGAAGACUGGUUGCAUCAUGUACUGAGAGGAGUAAAUUUGGCCGCUGUGUAUCCGUUCCACACCGCUGUAAACUGUCAAGCAUCUUCCAGAUUCUCCAUUACCUUGUGGACAAAGACUUCCUGGGGCCACAGACAGUUGAAUACAAGGUUCCAUCCCUAAAAUAUAGCAUUGUAUUUCUCCCAGUGAAAAAGGGAGAUCCACUCAUGAAAAUUUAUUUGGACCAUUUAGAGGGUCAUGAACUAACAUACAAUAACACCUCCAUAACGGGAAUGGAUUUGGGAAUUAAACAAAAACUUUUCAAGUAUUACUUGGCACGGGACUCUGUCUAUCCUGUUCUUGCAGCUCUUGCACUUUUGUUCACAAUGGGACUAUAUCUCAAAUCACUAUUUAUAGCAGUAAUGUCACUGGUUGCUGUCAUGUUAUCACUUUCCACCUCAUAUUUUUUCUACAAAGUUGCAUUUCGCUUGACAUUUUUUCCACUCCUCAACCUUGCAUCAGUCCUUGUGCUUUUGGGAAGCUGUCUGAAUCAAGCCCUAACUUUUGCUGAUUUCUGGAAACUGCAGCUGAGCCACAAUCCUCCAGCUGUCCCUAAAAAAAGAAUGAACAGGGUUCUACAGGAAAUGGGAUACUUGAUAUUAGUGUCGGGUCUGACAUCUAGCAUCACGUUUUACUCAGGCUACAUAAGCAGCAUCACUGCCGUGAGAUGCUACGCUGUAUAUCUUGGCAGUGCCUCAUUAAUCAACACAUUUUUUGCUCUUAUUUGGCUUCCGUGCACCCUCAUUUUGCAAGAACGCUAUGCUGUGCAGGCUUCAAACCCUGUAGUGAAGGCAGCUUGGAAGCCCUGCUGCUCCAAAAAUACGGGUGGAUUCUGGGAGACAAGUUCAAGAAAGCGUUGUGUGUUUACCUUGAGACAGAAGCUUCGGACAUUAGGGCGAGGGAUUUCAGACACAUCAAACCUGCUUUUUUUAAAGAUCCUGCCUUGUGGAGUGGUGAAAUUCAGAUAUAUAUGGAUCUGCUGGUUUGCAGUGCUUGCAGCCGGAGGGACGUACAUAUCAUGUGUGGACCCUGGCAUGAAACUGCCAACUUCAGACAGCAAAACAACUCAGCUGUUUCGCUCCAGUCAUCCCUUUGAGAGAUAUGAUGCUGAAUAUCGCCACCAGUUUAUGUUUGAGCGAAUGAAACGGGGUGAAGAUGAACCCAUGUCGGUGACUCUAAUUUGGGGAAUCAUUCCAUCAGAUGAUGGUGACCACUUCGAUCCAAAAAGUAAUGGAUCUUUAGCUCUUGAUCCAGGAUUUAAUAUGAGCAGCCCCCAAGCCCAGAUAUGGUUGCGGGAUCUGUGUGGAAAAAUUCAAAACCAGAGCUUCUAUUCUCCAUUAUCAGCUCACCAAGAAACAGUAGAAGACAAUGUGUGUUUUGUGGAACAAUUGAUUCACUGGGUUUCUAUACGUCGCUGUUCUGAAAGUGAGGACGCGUUUAGCUUCUGCUGCAAUAAUAUUCCCUUUCCUUACCCCCCAGGUGUUUUCGAGCAGUGCCUUAGCAUGAUGGUGGCAGAGCAGCAUGCAGAAGGGCACUCACCCAGUGCUGGAGGCCUACGGUUUGACUCAGAGGGUCGAAUCACUGCCCUUGUUGUAAUAUUCAAGACUGUACAACUUUACAGCUUCAACUUCAGCAGGAUAUCUCAAUUCUACCAAGAGAUCUUAUCGUGGUUUAAUGGGGAAAUCUCCAAGGCUCCAGUGGGACUCCAGAAAGGAUGGUUUGUAAGUCAACUAGGAUUAUAUGAUUUCCAGCAAUGUUUAAGUUCAGAGACUUUGGAGGUGGCAGGCUUUUCAGUAGCUCUCACAUUUGUACUACUCUUACUAAUGACAUGGAAUAUUCCAUUAAGUCUCUACGUGUCCGUUGCGGUGGGAGGAAGUGUGUUUGCUACUGUUGGCCUCCUUGUGCUCUUAGAAUGGCAGUUAAAUGGUGUGGAAGCACUCUUCAUUUCAGCAGCUGCAGGUCUUUCUGUUGACUUUGUGGCCAAUUAUUGCAUUUCAUACAGCCUGGCCCCACACAGUGAAAGACUUGGCAGGGUUGCACAUUCCCUGAAGAGAAUGGGUUGCCCAGUAGCUACUGGUGCUGGGGCGUACUUUUGCGUGGGCAUUAUUAUGCUACCCGCAACUGCAUUGCUUUUCAGAAAGCUUGGGAUCUUUCUCUUGCUUGUGAAGUGCGUUGCAUGUGGCUUUGCCACUUUCUUCUUCCAGUCACUGUGCUGCUUCUUUGGACCCCAGAAGAACUGCGGGAGAAUAACCCUACCUUGUGUUACAAAGCCAGCCACUGAAAAUAUACUGUCGUCCUGUUCGACUACGGAACCCGGGACCUCCAAUCCCGCAGCUAAUGGGGCAUUUGGCUGUGGCACAAGCUCUCGGGUUCAAAGAAGUUUUAAUAAGGAAAGCGAAGGCUUUCUUUGCCCCGAUCAGCAAAACCAUAGAAAGCGGCAACCAGUUGGUGGAAGGGAGCCAGAAAAGUACGAACUGCAGCCACUUGCUUGCCAGCUGAGCGACAGCUUCGAGAAUAGCACUUGCACCAGCAAGCUGUCCAACAGGCCUUCUGUCCUUUCUGAUGAUAUUCAGUUCUGUGGCCUUAGUCCAAGGCAAGACUAUGAUCGAAUCAGCAUUGAGGCUGACAGCGCAGAAAUGUGUAGCAGACAUCUUAAAGGUUGCAACCCGCCUCCAGCACUCCAGACCUCAUCUCCGUACAAAGAGAACAUGUUGCGUCCUGUGGUUGCACCUUUACAAGAUACAUCUAAGGAAAAGGUUUUGUGCAAGAAAUGUCGAGGCCAGUCUAGCAGCGGGCUUCAACUUUGGAAUGUGUCUUUGUCGUCUUCCUCUAGCAUGGAAGAAAUCACAAUCACUCAGACUACUGAUACUGUCAAUGAGAGGUCACUCUCAAUAGAAGAAGCCACUAGCUGUCAUUUACACAAACUGCUUUUAUCAUGUCAGUCUCAGAGCUCCAUGGAGGGACUCGAAGACUCCAAUGAGACUUGCUUAAGUGAGGUAGAACCUGCUAUCUUAGUCCCUCAAGCUGUUAAGUUAGAGGAGGAGUUACAACCUGGCCACCUAAACGGCAAGAGGGACACUUUACGUCUGUCCUUGAAGGAGACUGUAUAUGACCUUGCCUCCCCGGGGUCUGGUAGGUUGAGGACAACACAAAGUGAUGUGCCAGUGAUACUGCCCAACAGCAAACCUGAUAUGCCCGACGUUUGGAUAAAAAGGGAAGGAAAAGGUGAAGGUGGCAGCUGAUCAAUACUGUCAACACACUGAGCAAAUCUAAACAACCACAGCAUGGCCAGUACUUUAUAAGCUGGGAUUAACUUUUGUAGUCAGCAGCAUAUUAUUACAUUUCUGAAUCUGUCUGAAAAUGCAUACCAGAUAAAAAAUAAAAAAAGAGCAGUUAACUGUUUGGAAAUAUACACAGUGCUUAUAAAUAAUUUAAGAGGACUGUUUUUUUUAGCAUGAUUCCUUGCAUGUCAUGUAAUAUACACUGAAUGUGCACCCACAAUAGCCUUUGAAAAAGCCUUUCUUCAGGGGCCUUGAACUGCAAACUUACAAACACUUAAAGAACAAUUGUGCCUGAUCUUUUAAACAUCCAAGCCAUGAGCUUUUUAACUAAACUCCAUAAUUUUGCAAUGG